AUGUUCAACCUGCUGCUCGGAUACGACGCCAAGACAUCUACUGCACUCUCCAAAUCGAUGAUAAUGGGGGGCGCGAUGGCGAGUGUCUGCUUUAACGUGCAGCUGAAGCACCCCACCUUCCACCAGCCCUUGAUAGACUACGGCUUGGCGCGCCUCAUGCAGCCCACGCUGCUGCUGGGGAUCAGCGUGGGCGUUUCCUGCAACGUCAUCUUCCCUCCCUGGCUCAUUACGGUCAUGCUCUUCCUGCUGCUUCUGUUGAUGACAUACAAGACGCUGGAUAAGGGCGUGGCCAUGUGGAUGAAGGAGUCUCAGGUGGCACACCAGCAUUCUGCCGUGAGGGCAACUCCGCUCCCUUCCUUCAGUGAUUCUUCGCCCCCCCGCCCCAUUAUCCCCCGCCUCCUCCCAUCAGACCGCACCACCUCUCUCCCCUCCUCCUGGUCCGACGUGCUCCGCCUCUCCGCUUCUCUCCACUCAACCUCCCACGCCCACUCCGUGCGAGCCCUCUUUGACUUCGUUCCGCCUGUGUUUGUGAGCCCGAGUGCCGGAGGGCUGAGUCCCCGCGGGGGUAGUGCAGGAGGGAGCUACAGCCGCGGGAGUGGGAGUGCUGGUCGCAUGGGUGGCGGCGGGUUUGGUUUGUCUGCUGCUCUUGCUGCUGCUUCGGCUGUUGUUGCUGGAAUGGAGGAGGAUGACCAUGAUGAUGGUUUCGGCGGUGGUUUUGGUGCAGGUGAUUCUGUUGCUGGCUCAGGGUUUUUCUCAGGUGGAAUCAACAGAGGUGCGCAGGUGGGUGUGCCGGGGCAGGAGCUAGCGGACGGCGAGUCAGCGCGCACAAAGAGUCUGAUGGAGGAACUGCACUUCGGACCGCCGUUGGAGGCCUCUCUCUUCCAGCUGGUGGACUGGCGGUCAGUGCUGGAGCUCUUCCUCGUUUGGGUCGCUUUCCUCGCCCUGCAGCUCGCCAAGCAGCACACGCCCGACUGCAGCCGCCCCUACUGGCUGCUCAACGCGCUGCAGAUCCCCGUUGCUCUCCUCGCUACCCUCGUGGGUGCGUUCCGCCUCUACCGCCAGAGCCACCCGUCUCGCGGGAGAAACUCCCGAGGCCGUGGUGCUGGUGGUGCUUCUGCUGCUGGUGGUGCUGGUGGUGGUGAAGCAUCGGAGCAGCAGCAGCAGAGGGAGGGUGGCAGCAGCAGCAGCGGCAGCAGGAGGGGAGAGUACCACACGGCACAUUGGGGCAUGCAGCAGCUGUGGGGGUAUCCACUCUGCUCCUUCAUUGCUGGAGUGAUGGGUGGGCUGCUUGGCAUCGGAGGCGGCAUGGUCAUGGGCCCUGUGCUGCUCGAACUCAACCUGCCUCCCCAGGUCACAGCAGCGACAACAACCUUCAUGGUUGUCUUCUCCUCGUCGCUCUCCGUGCUCGAGUUCUAUCUCCUCGGCCGCAUCCCCAUCGAGGUUGCGCUCGUCUUCGCCGGCAUUGCCAUGAUCGCCGCCUUUUCCGGCCUUUCCAUUGUGCGCGCUAUUGUCAUGCGCUACGGCAAGCCAUCGGUGAUUAUUUUCGCGCUCGGCUCGGUUAUCGGGCUGAGCGGGAUUAUUCUCGGCGCUCAGAAGCUCUCAGAAGCAAUGGCGCCAGCGCCUCAGGUGUUCAAGCAAUGGGUGCAGUUCAAGGCGCCGAUGGUGCUGCUUCAGUGCGCGAUCGCAGAGAUUGUCGGGACCAUGUACUUCGUCUUCCAAGGCGUGCUCUGCUCCGCCAUCGUCACCCCAGGAGCCAAGGUGGAGCCGCUCACAACCGUGGUCAUCAUCGCGUUGGGUAACGGCGUCGCCUACGCGCUCGCAGUGGCUGGAACACUCGGCCUUUCUGGGGGUCACAUCAAUCCGGCCACCACAAUUGCCAUGCUGUCCGUCGGAUUGAUUGACGUGCUCUCAGCCGCAGUCUACAUUAUCGGGCAGCUUGUCGGAUCGCUCGUUGGCGUCGGCCUCGCAACUGCUGUCCUGCCUUCAGCUCUUAAUAGGGUUCUCGGUGCAGCGUCGCUUCCCGCGGGCACGUCCUCAGGCACAGGCUUCCUCGCAGUGCUUCUCUUCACAUCGCUCCUCAUCUUCACUGUUUUCGCCACCGCCGUAGACCCCAGGGGUCCUAUCGCCCUCGCACCCCUCAUGAUCGGCCUCACCAUCCUAACCACCACUGCAGUGGGUGUGCCUCUGUCGGGUGGAACCAUCAACCCUGCACAGGCGUUCGGAACGUCGGUGUGGCAGGGUGUGUGGGCCAACCACUGGAUCUACUGGCUUGCGCCGAUCCUGGCAGGCAUUGCUGUGGCGGUGCCGUAUGCGGUUGUCUAUCUGCUGCCCCUCAGCAACAAGGGCGAUGAGGAUGAUGAGAAGGUGUAA